AUGAGUGGAGGUGUGCCCGAGUCCAUGAAACGAGGCCUUCUCGAGAACUGGCCGGAUACAUUCAAGCCUCUUGGGAAGACCAGUGAAGCGUUCGCGCCGAUAGCGUGGCUCUCAGGUCGUUUGAGUAUGAUGCUCAUCGAAGUCUCCUGCCCACACCCGCUCUUUACAUUCAGUGAGUUCAUGUACGCCUUCCCCAUGGAUCUUGGUGUGCUGGCAACGGCAGCAACUCUCGUUACGUCUGCAUCAGCACAGUGCACCGUGUCUGCGUGCACUACAUCGCCACCGAAUGGUACUCUAGUCGAUCCAGCUCCAGCCUCCGCACCCAUCAUCACUGCCUCCGAGUCCACCAACAUGGAGCCCUACUUCAACAGCAUGCUGCUCCAUGCCAUCACCACCCUGAAUAUUAUCUCCUUCGCGACCUUCGACAUCAUCAUUAGCCACUCUCCGCUCUGUGUCCUUGUAGGCAGCCCACGUGUCGCCUACGCCCACCUGCACGUCGUCUUCAUCAGCGACAAGCCUCUCCUAGUCCUCGACGAGAUCCUCUCCGCUACGAACGCGAUUGAGCACGGCUGGUGGCCUGGCGCCUCUGCGUUCUGCUCCGCGUGCCCGAUGUGA